UUUCUCUCUCACUCUUCACCCGACACGACGAACACGAACGAAUGGGCGAACGGAAAUACGAGCGAUCGAUUGGCGCUGUGUUUGGUGGUAGUGGCCGCUGAGUACGAGAAAGGUACGGUGAAAAGUGACAAGUAGACGAGAGAGUGAGAGAGAGAGAGAGAGAGAGAGAGAGAGAGAGAGAGAGAGAGAGGGAGAGAGAGAAAAGGAUAGACAUUCGGCACGUUAUCUCUCUCACUUCCUUUCUCGCGUUCUUUUACGCAAUGAGACAUAGACAGUGUAUUACGAACAUAUUUUAGUGGUUAGAGAGAAACAGAAAGAAAAAGAAAGAGAGAGAGAGAGAGAGAAAGAGAAAAUGAAUGAUGGAAAGAGAUAGAUAAAAAAAGGAACGAAAGCAAGAGAGAGAGAGAGAGAGAGAGAGAGAGAACGCAAAGUGCACGGCGAAAGUUGGGUGCGAACACAUAGAUGAUUUACCUCCUACGAUAUAGAUAGACAGAUAGUUACUCGCACGUGUGAGGAGCGCGAGUCUGACGUAUCAACGAACUCUCCCUUUUAUUCGAUAUUAUCAAAGCAAUCGUUCCGAUUUGUUGAAGGUGUAUGUUUUUAAAUAUCCCGCCAAAGAUUCUCAAUGACAUUAAUCGGAGGAAGGACAAAUAACUCGCAGUGGUCAUCGAUGAUGACACUGUCAUUUCCGGAUAGUUAGAUCCGAUCAUGAAGAAAACAACGGGGGAAGUUGUUUCGGCCGGUGGUUCACGCCCUUGCGGCUUCUUCGUUCACGACGAAGCGACAACAAUAACGAUUACGGGUACGGGUACGGGUACGGGUACGGCGGGUACGACGACGAUCGAGCAACAACGAUCCAACGAAUCUAACGUGCCGGCUCGAUAACUUUACCAUCUCUCUAUCCUUUAUAUAUAUAUAUAUUUCUACACACACCACACACACACACACACUUACGUACACUUAUACAUAUAGAUACACCGACACAUACACACGCACAAGCAUAUACUCGUUUGCUGAUUCCAUACACUCAUCCUACUCCCCCUACCCUAUCCUUAUUCCCCUUACUCCCCUCCCCUCCUCCCUUCACCCCACCAUUUCCAACUUCAACCUAUCCCCUUCCAACUACAGUACUCCCAAGCAGCCAAUGUCGAUGCUCGUAUUUUGUCUGCGUUCUAUGUAUUUGUUCGUUAAGUCUACUACGUUGUGUGUGUUUUACCGUGCGUAUUCGUUGUUGUCGUUGUCAUCGUCGUCAUCGUCGUCGUCGUCGUCGUCAUCGUAGUAGUAGUAGUAGUAGUAGUAGUAGUAGUAGUUGUAAUAGUAGUAGAACGUACGCGUGUCGAUGACGAGUCGCGCGCGAUUUUUCGAAGUGAGAAAAACGCUACCUUCGUGUCGGUGGUGAGUACGUUCUUUGUGGUUUGUUGGUUAUACAGAAAGAAGAGAGAAAGAUAAAAAAAGAGAGAAAGAGAGAGAGAGAUAGAAGAAAAAAGUAAAAAAGAAAGAAAGAAAGAAAGAGUGGGUGAGUGAGUGGGUGAGAGUGAGUGAACGAGCGAGCGAGCGAGAGAGCGAGCGAGUGAGUGAGUGAGUGAGUGAGUGAUCGUCGUCGCCAUCGUCUUGUCAGCUGGUCGAACGUGCAUCGUCUUUGAGGUGUCGCGUGAGCGAGAAAAUGUUCAACUUCAUGAAGAAGGCCACGGAGAAGGACGACAAGGAGAAGAGGAAGAGGGAGAAGAAGGAACGGAAGGAUGUCAAGAAAAGAGAUCGAGGGAGUAUGUCUGCUGAGGAACUUCUACGACUCGAUGAGGUUCGUAGAUCAUUGAAGAUACCAGGACGCAGAAAGGAAAAGGAAAAACUACCUAGCGGUAUAACAGCAGAUUAUAGUGCAUCCUUCUUUGCUCACUUGGAUCGGGAUUUAUUGGAGAACUCGCAGAACACGACGGGUGGAACAGGAAACACGGUGGGCGGUGGUACAGGCUCGAGUUGGACAAUGAGAACGCCUGAUGGUUUGACACAGAGCGACUCAUCGGAGACAUCGUUGACCUCUUUGAGUACAACAACGACAAAUGCCGGUGGACAAUCUGGCAAGAAUCUCCCUCCUCUUCCACCGAAACCUCCAAAAAGAGGGAUUUUAAAAGGGCCAAGAUUGAGUAUCACCAGUGGUACCAUAAACGUCCUUUCGGAAGAAAUUGUUCUACCGAACGGGAAUGAAGGUGGUUAUCAAGAGGCCAGUAAUUUGUUGGUGAGAAACACUCUACAGAACGAAGUGAUAGCCUACCAGAACGUUCCGCCUACACACUCAACAAGCUUAGGUGCCAUGGCUGCUGGUCUCACGAAGGACGAAGUUUGCAGUCCUUCCGAGGAAGAAACGCAAUCUUGGCGAAUAUCUUCUCAACAAUCUUCUCAUCAUCAUCAGCAUUUUCAUCAUCAACAACAGCACCUUCAGCAACACCAUGAACAACAUCAGCAACAUCAAUUGCAUCAUCAACAACAGCAGCAGCAGCAACAACAACAGCAACAACAGCAACAUCAUCAUCAUCAUCAUCAUCCGGCUGAGUCGAAAUUGCUGCAGGUUGUGACAAGUGCCAGUCCGUCGGCUGAUUCUUUGACGGACACGACCAAUUCGAGUUUCGCUACACCACCGUUCAGUUUGUCACCGGUCGGUGAAUCUCAGGGUUUCUGUAGAUGGCGAUCCUCAGCUUCUUUCGAGGAACAAGGAGUAGAACUUCAGCUACCGGAAAUUGUGCCUCUCGAACUUCCGGAACCACGAGAAUUGACAAUCCAAAGGCAGCCACCACCUCGUAACGAUUUUGGUUUUUCUCUUCGUCGUGCUGUCAUUGUUGAACGUGCUGCCAAUGGUGUUACUCAAAUGAGGCCUGUCAUUUUCGCUGAACCUGGUACUUUAGUUCAACAUAACAACGACACUGGUCUUCUACCGGGUGACCGGCUUAUCGAAGUUAAUGGGAUCAAUGUCGAUGAUAAGUCUAGGGAAGAGAUCAUUGAUUUAAUUAAAGGAUCUGGUAGCAGUGUCACGGUGAAGGUGCAACCAGUCGCGGAACUAUCAGAGCUCUCAAGACGAGGUGGAAGCGACGGCCAGCAAGUCGAGCUGGCACCUGCGAAUAUUCGCGGUGGCACGCUCCGUCGAUCCGGUAGCCUGCGGUUUCAUCAGAAUACGGCGCGAUCGGAGGAGCACCUUGCACAAGAACAAGCAUGGCUAACUUCCGAGAGGAUCUGGUUAUUACAUCGGGCAGGUUUUACACCGGCCAUGCGUUGUGGACCAGCGGAUCCGGAUACGGGAAAGUUACGAAUUUGUUUGACGACCUCCGGUGAGGAACUUCUCGUUGAUGAGGAAGAUGUCGAGAAGGCUAAUCCUCCGCAAUUUGAUAAAGCCGAGGAAUUAUCUCAAUUGCGAUUCCUCAAUGAGUCCUCUGUUCUACAUAUAUUGAGACAACGCUAUGCUAGUAAUUUGAUUCACACGUACGCCGGUGACAGUAUGCUUAUCAUAAAUCCAGUGGCCCCAUUGGCAAUAUAUUCGGAGAAGGUCGCUCAUAUGUUCCGAGGUUGCAAAAGCGAAGAUAUGCCACCUCACAUAUACGCUAUGGCACAGUCAGCGUAUAGAGGGAUGUUGGCAACUCGGAGAGAUCACUCUCUCGUCUUUCUUGGUCGUAGCGGCGCCGGAAAAACUACGAAUUUCAAGCACGCGCUGCAUUACCUCGUGCUAGCUGCAGGGACUGUGAAUAAGAUAUUAACCAUAGAGAAGUUGAAUGCCUUGUUCACCGUGCUCGAAGCCUUUGGAAAUAGUCGGACCCAUAUGAAUUCGAACGCAACACGUUUUACGCAACUGUUUAGCCUGGACUUCGAUCAGUCUGGACAAAUCGCUUCGGCAUCGCUUCAAGUACUGCUAUUGGAAAAAUCGAGAAUAGGUAGAAGAGCAAACGGCGAUCCAACGUUUCAUGCUAUUUAUCGUCUAUUAGCUGGCGCAGAAGGUGCCCUGAGAAAGGAACUUCAUUUAACGAAUCUAGUCGCUGAGAACAAUCAAUUCGUUACGCCAUUACAAAAGCACGAGGAUAAGCAACGUGCCAUGGUGGAGUUCAAUCGUAUCGUCGCUGCCUUUAGGAUUUUAGGAGUCUCUGAGACCGACGAGAAGGUCAUUUGGCUAGUAUUAGCUGGAAUUUAUCAUUUAAGUUGUGCCAGUGCGGUUAAAGCUGGUACAACGUCGCAGAGCCGUUGGCAAUUCGCUAGAGUGGAGUGUGCUGAAAAGGCAGCUAAUUUAUUGGGCACAUCGGUGGAGGAAUUAAGUAGGAUAGUCUUUUCAUCGAACGGAGGCGGUGCUGGUACGCCAAACACCCCAAGGCCAGCCUUAAGAACACCCAGUCCAACCGAGCAAAGCAAAGAUGUCACCGGUAUUGACGCUCUUGAGGGUCUCCUUAUCGGUCUUUACUCGGAAGUUUUUCAUUGCGUUGCGGCACUCAUUAACAAAUCUAUAUCGUCAUCGGUGCAUACUGUAUCCUCACUUUUGUUAUGCGAUUCGCCUGGUUUUCAAAAUCCUGCUUCGUGCGGAAGACAAACCGGAGCAUGCUUUGAGGAUCUAUGUCACAAUUAUCUUCAAGAACGUUUACAAUUACUUUUUCAUCAUACGACUUUGGUAGCUCCGAAAGAUAGAUACGUUCAGGAAGGUAUCGAUGUUGAUUACGAGGAUGAUUAUGACGAAGAUGGGGUUGGAUCCCCUCAAGGUUUGGUCUCUCUCUUAGACAGGGGUAGUUCUCAGAGUGCUACAAUGUUACGUACUAGUCAAAGUGAUUUAAGUGGUAGCAGACAAAUGGAACGGAAAGGUUUACUUUGGUUGUUGGAUGAGGAAACCGUCUGUCCUGGUGGUAGCGAUGAAACUUUCUUGGAUCGACUGUUCUCUUAUUACGGGGACAGAGAUCAUCAAAUGCUUUUGAGAAAGGCACCAGGCAACAAUCAAUUCGUACUUCAACAUCUGUUAGGUACUAAUCCCGUUUUGUACACCGCAACUGGUUGGUUGAAGGCUACGCGAGAAAAUUCCGUGGCAAAGAGUGCAAUUACGAUUCUUCAAGAGAGUUCGAGAGAAGACGUUAGUAUGCUAUUCGUAAGUGCACGAGGUGCCGGUGUAUCUGGUGCUUUGUGCGGUUCGAUGCCUGGCUUAGAGGGAUCACAAUCCUUGAGAAGAGCCUCGAGUAUUCGAAGAACAUUUACGGCAGUUAAAAGGAAAAAUGUUUGUUUGCAAGUAAAAUUUACAGUUGACGGCCUCAUCGAGACUCUACGUCGAACUCGUCUAAAAUUCAUCCACUGUCUUCUACCGCAACAUAAUGCCGGUUGUACUGAUAACAAGAGUUUGCUGUCAGUGAAAUCUAAUCAGAACGAAGACAGUGUUAUAAACGUGCCUCUUUUAAGAUCACAGAUUCGCGGAAGUCAGAUAAUAGACGCAGUGCGUUUACAUAAGGUCGGUUUCCCAAAGUACAUGGCCUUAGGUGAAUUUAGACGUCGAUUUGCUUUAUUAUCCAGCGAUGUGAACGCCCGACCUGGCAGUCCUGUUGCCGAUGAACGUCGUGCGGUCGAAGACAUGCUUCUAACCGUUGACAUUGAUCCUGCCUCCUAUCGUGUCGGCCAGAGUCAAAUAUUCUUCAGAUCGGGGACCUUAGAAAGAUUAGAAGCUCAGAGAGAUGAGAAGCUCACUGGACAUAUUAUCCUCCUUCAAGCUCGAUGCAGAGGAUACCUUGCUCGUCGAAAACUUAACACAUUGAAGCUGCAAGACCUCGCGGUGAGAUGUAUUCAAAGGAACGUGAGGAAGCUGAUGUCGGUGCGAGAAUGGCCAUGGUGGAGAUUGUACGUGAAAGUCGCGCCUCUCUUAAAUGUUCAUCGGACCGAGGAUCAGUUAAAGGCGAGAACGGAAGAACUUGAAGUACUUCGGGCGAAAGUUGAAAGGCUCGAACAGGAACGGAAUCAUCUUAAGCAUGAUAAUGAUAAACUCGAGGCAAAGUUGAGCGAAAUGACGGCUGACUUCGCGGAAGAACACUCAACCUCUACGUUAGCAGCCGAAAGGAUCGAUGCAGAAACAUCGGAACGUUUAAGAUUAGAACGAGAACUCCAAGAUGUUACCGAGGCUAAUAAGAAUCUCCAGCAGACUACUGAAAGACUCGAAAUGGAAUUAUUGUACGCGAGAGCAGCUGAUUUGAACGGCGUCGCGUCAGAUGGUGAAGAUGGCGAAGAUGGCGGUGUCUAUAGGCAACGCUACGAACAUGCUAUUCGUGAACUCGAAUUUACCAAGAGAAAGAUGGCUCAACAGCACGAAGACGAUCUCGAACAAUUGGUUGGUCUAAAGAAGCAAUUGGAGAAGAAGCUAGCCGAUGCCUAUGAAGAAGUCGAAGAACAACGUCAGGUCGUAGGUCAAUGGAAACGCCGAGUUCAAAAGUUAAAUGGUGAAAUGCAUGACCUAAGAUUGCUGUUGGAAGAACAAACCGCUAGAAAUAAUCUUUUGGAGAAGAAACAACGCAAGUUUGAUUCAGAAACGCAAAACUUGAUGAACGAUCUCAGGCAAGAAAAAGCGCAACGAGAGAGAUUGGCGCGGGAAAAAGAGAUUACGAUCGCUGAGAAGUUUACGAUAGAACAAAACUUGAGUGAUGCAAAAUUAGAAAUUGAAUUGAAAGAAGAACGACUUCGUACGUUGAGUCAAGAAUUGGAAGAAUUAACGUUCGGUGGUAAAACAGAAGAAGAGGUUGCUCAAUUGAAGAAAGCGAAACACGAGUUGGAAAAACGCGCUAAGGAUCAAGAAGAAGAACUGGAUGAUUUGGCUGGACAGGUGCAACUGCUUGAACAGGCAAAAUUAAGACUCGAGAUGAGUAUUGAACAGCAACGUAAAGAGAUGCGAAAGGAGAUGCAGCAACGUGACGAAGAGCUGGAAGAUGUACGUGGAAAUGCCCUUAAAAAGGUAAAAGCUUUGGAAUCUCAAUUGGAGAACGAACAUGAGGAACGAACGAUACUUCUUCGAGAGAAACACGAAUUCGAACGAAGAUUGGUAGCCAUAGAAGAACAGGAUAGGGCUGAUCGUGCUGUGGAUGCUGAAACGACACAAAGAUUAAAAAGAGAUCUAAAGAGAACAAGAGCAUUGCUGAGGGAUGCCCAAACAAUGCUAGAAAGAUCGAAAGGUGAUUCGACUGGUAAAGCAGCUUUGAGACAAUUGAAAAACCAAUUGGAAGACGCUGAAUGUGCCAGAGCAGCGGCUGUCAAAGCUAAACAAGCUUUGGAACAAGAAUUGAACGAGACGCAAGCUACUUUGGAGGAAGCUACGAGACUACGUUCCGAAGCCGAGGAUCGUGCUAAUGCUGCUAAUCGUGAACGAUCGGAACUCCUCUCUCAGCUUGAAGAAAAUGAAGAAGAACUUGCUGAAGUAUUGAAAAAGUACCGAGCUGCUGUUCAACAAGUUUCGGCAGAGCAAGCACAAUUACAAGAAGCUCAGGUGCAGAUCGCGGCACUCGAAGCAGAAAAGUCGUCAUUGAAAGAUCAAUUAUCAGAAUUGAGUCAACGAUUGGAAUCCGUUGAACAACUCGGUGAUCCAACUGCAAAUAGUCUUGCUACGAGACGAUUAGAGUUUCGCACAAAGGAAUUGGAAAGUAAAUUGGAACUGGAACAAACAACAAGAGCUCGUCUCGAAACUCAAAUAGCACGACUUAAGGAGAGUGUCGAAAAGCUUCAAACUGAGACAGCUUUACUUAGAACAAAGGAACAAACGGCACAAGACACGGCAAGAAGAUUACAGAGAUCAUUGCGCGAUGCUCGUGAAGAAGCGAGUUCCGCGUUAGCUCGCGAACAAGAAGCGACACGUGCACGACGCGAAUUAGAGAAAUCUUUGGAGGCUGCUGAAGCUGAAACUAAGGUUGCUCGGGACGAUCUAAGAUUAGCACUUCAAAGAAUAGACGAUUUGCAAAGUGCUAUACAGGGUGAACUCGACUUAGAUUGUAGCGAAGAAGCGACUAGUGAAAAUAGCGACAGUGAUUGAUCCGGAGCAACAUCGGACUUAGAGUCCGAAGCAGACGAGGAAGAACCGAUCGAUCGAAAAGGAUCGGCUCGAUGUUCUGACGAUGCAUCAUUAUCUAAUGAGACACCGAUCGAAGAAGAUCGUCGUAUAAAAUUUUUGGACACACGAACGAAGACCAGUUGCGAAUGAAUCGAAUCCCGUUAUAGAUGGAAAAAUAAAAUAUCAAAGAAAUGAAACUUUCAUCGAUCGUUACACAUUACACACGUACACACAUACAUAUAUAUAUACAUAUAUUCGUGUUUUCUACGUUGACAUGUUGUGACUAGGAAAAAGUCGAUUGGUCGCAUAAAAGUGUCUGAAGUAUUAUUUUCGUCGUAAUAGCAAAUAAAAAAUUAUCGAAAGGGAAUCAAAGAAGGCGAAUCACUCGAAACGGUGAUUCGUCUUAUUAUAAUAAUUAAGAUACAAAGAGAGAAAGGAAAAUUCGUAUCGUUAACAAUUAAGCUGCGAAAAAAGUCUCCUGAUAAUUGUACGCGAACAAGAGUCAACAAUUUUCACGAUUUCUCUCGCGGCUUUUCUCGCGGCUUAUCCAAAAAAGAUAGCAGCGAGUAAGUAGGUGCUAAACUAAUAAAAAUGUAUAAUACCCGUAAUGCUUCGACGUCGUGGUUGAACGUGUCUUCUUCUUUUUAUUUUCUCUCCUCUCUGUUUUCUCUCUCUUUCUCUCUAUCUUUUUAUUUUUUUUUUCUUUCUUUCUUUCUUUCUUUCUUUCUUCUUGUUCGCGCAUAAUUGGUGCUACUUUGCCCGACUAUAGUCUUCUACACGAACGAACGAUAUCGUUCCUUCAGUCUUCCAUGCGAAAUCAAAUAACUUUUAAUUUCUGAGACUCUUAAUACUAUUGUCAAAUGGCAAAGUACAUGGAAUUUUAAAGAAUAUAUACCUCAGAGCACCCUUUGAACUAGAAAAUAAUCGUCACACGAAAGAAAAGCCUUACUUCCAUCCAGAAAAUAAAUACAUACAUACAUACAUAUAUAUAUAUAUAUAUAUAUAUAUAUAUAUAUAUAUAUAUAUAUAUAUAUAUAUAUGCAUACACACAUAAAUAUAUAUAUAUAUGUAUUUAUAUAUUUAUAUAUAAAUAUAUAAAUAUAUAUGUAUAUCCCUACAUGCUUUCCGCAUGAUUGCAAAUCGCGAGAUUGCAAAUAUGGAUCACGUUUUUUGCCGUGUUUCGUUUGUAUAGAAAGAAAAAAAGAAACAAACAAAAAAGCCACGACUCGAGUCGGAUCUUUGAUUUCGUGUAAGAACUCUCGUGUAACUUAUUGCUUUGUAAAAUGCAGAUCUCUUAUUUAAUUACACUGAUGUCUGUCAUUUAUUUCACCGAUCACAACCUGUUUGCGAAAUCUUUUUAUGAAUGGAACAAAAAAUUAUAGAAAAUAAUGAAAGUCAAUGAGAAAUUUGAUUUUUAAUUAAUACAUGUGAUUUUGAUCAUUAAGAAAAUAUAUCAGAAUUUGUUGAAUAAAAAAAUAUAACAAUAUUUGUUGCCUGGUUGGAGUUUAAUAUAGUUCUCCUAUAAUAGUAUUGUCAAGGAGUAUCUACAUUUUUUAUAUUUCUUUUUAAACAAAUACACUUAAAAACUAAAACUUUUUUGUUUUAGUCAAAAAGUCAAAAACGUCACGUAUUUUAAACAUUCUACGUAGAUUUUCAUGUAUCAAAAUUAUUUGUAUAUGUAUAUACUGUUAUAUAAUAUUUCUAAGACAUCAGAGAUUUAAUAUAGUAAAAAUUCUUAAUAAUAUUUUAACAUUCUACCAUUAUAUUUAGCUGUGUAUUACGAAAGCCUCAACAGAAAGAUAUUCAUAUUUAUUAAUGGAAUAUUUAUUUGAACGUUCAAUAGGGCCAUCUUCGACGUUCAACAAUAUUUUUUUCUUCUUCUUUUCUUAAUUUCUAGCUUAAAAAAUGGAUCGCAAAAAGAAGGAUUCAGAAAACGUGAAAUGCUAACGUUCAAGCAGCAAAAGCAAUACAUUCUAUUCUCAAGAAAAAGUUCAUUAACGAUGUCAAUGCUAAUCAAUUGAAGGAUAUGAAGAAAAAUGCAUCUUCAAAAAAAUAUCUAAACAAACUGAUUAAUGAUAUGAGUGAUGGGUAAGUUUAAAAGGGGAUGAAACAUGCCUCUGAUGUUUUAGGUUUUUUUCAUUAUUUUUUUCUCUCAAAUAUCACAAAGCCGUUGCAUAGAUAUUGAAAAUCUUUAUUUAUGUUUAUUUUUUGUUUAUUUUUUCCUUUAUUGUUUAUUUUUUUUUAAUAAGUGCAAAAAAUUAUAAAUGGAAUAAUUUAGAAAUUGAUGAAAAAUCUAUUUAUUUUUUUUUUUUUUUUUUUUUUUUUUUUUUUUUUUUUUUUUUUUAAGAAUAAAUAUAUGCUGACUAUAUGAAAAAACAAGCCAUUCACCGUGAUCACUACAGAUCUUGAUAUAAUUAAUAAUUAAUUGAUAUAUUUUAUGGAUAAUUUAAAAAAUUUAACAAUGCAUCCUUCUAGUGUUUUUUCACCUAGCUAUUUUUUCAAUAUCAAUUUAAGCCAUUAAUUAAUAAACUGUACACAUUACUCUCUUUCAUAUUUAAUUUGCUAAUAAAAAAAAUUAAAUGGAAAAAUUUUUUAAUUGAUAUGGUUAAAUUGAAGACGAACUUCGUUUCUUUUAUCCUCUAAUUUAGCAAUCAAGAUCUUUCGUUUACUUACCAUAAGAUAUGCUCGUUCAUUACGUCGCGAUCAGAUUUUAAAAUGAACUUGUUUAUCAAAUUGAUCCAGACAUUCGAGCCAAUUUUAUAUUUCUCGUCUUGUUAUUUCCAUUUGAACUAAAGUACAAUAUCGUGAAAGUUCGUAUCCCCUUUGAAAUAAUUAUUUCUUUGCUUUUAUAUUAAUUAUCGUUCAAAAUGUAAGAAAAGUGUUGGAACGUAUUAAAUAUGCUUGAAUCAAAUUAGAGGAUGCAAUGAUGAUCAUGCAAAAAUAUACUAAAGAUAAUUGAUUGUAUACAUUAACGAUCGCGUGUAAGAAUAAGAAAAUAAAUUCUAUUUAUAGCAAAUUUAUGUAUAAUAUCUAUUCUUAUAAUUAUAUUAUAUUUUAAUCAUCUUUUAUCUUAAUAUUGUUUUUUUAUUAUUUCUGUACAUACUAUACGAAAUUUUAUACGAUCCUAAUGUAACAAAUAGAGCUAGUAUCAAUUAGUAUCGCCACUUUGCAUUGAAUAUUUGUGAAAAAAUAAAACGCGUUACUAUUUGAUUCUCUCGAUUUUGUGUGUUGAAAUAAUUAUUAUAUGUAUAACAGUAAAUGCGUGCUUUGUCGAGUGUAUCGAGUGUAUUUAAUUCAAAAAAAAAAAAAAAAAAAAAAGAAAAGUAAAAAUAAGUGUUCCACUUGAAACCUUUCACUAAAUAAGAAAUAAUGAAUAUCAUUAACAUUUACCGCCUUGAAAUCAAAUAACUCUUGUCAAAGCAAUUUUUCUCAAAACUGUCGUCUUUUUAUGAUAAAAAUUUGUAAAGCUUCAUUUUUAUAAAUACCCGAUAUAUUAUAAUUUUUGUAUUAUAUUACGUUAUAUAGAAAAAUAAUACAUACACAAUUGUUAAUAUCAUAAUAAUCAAGCACUUGUUAAAUUUCCUUCCGUGAUUAUACGUUCACUUCGACAUGCAAAAAUAUACUGGCGGCCAAUAAACAAUACUUUUAAUCUAACGCUCAUGUCUCUUCUAAAAGAGAAAGAAUAUCAAAAAGUAUAAAUGUAUUAUAGCAAAUCAUUUAAUUACUGAGAAACUACAUCUGUUUCUUACUAAUGCUAAAUCUACUAGUAUUAAAAGUAUGACUAAGGGAUAUCGAUAUAAGGGGAGAAAAAUUAUGGAUCAAUGUCAGUUAUAUCAAGUAAAGGAGUAUUGUUUCCUUCA